GAUAAGCCCCGAUGCCGUCUCUCGCCCCGUGCAAAGUCCGGGCAGAGAGCGGGGGCUGGUGUUGCAGACUGGCUGCCGGGGAAGGAGCAGGGAGCAGGGAGCAGGGAGCAGGGAGCAGGGAGGGAUCGCUGCUGCUGCACCCGCCGCCGCUGCUGCACCAACACACCGGGACAGGGGAAGGGCAGCUUGCCUGCACCGCUCCUCUCCUCUCUGCUGAGCCAUGGGGGCCCGGCUCCUGUUCCGUGCUAUCAUUAUGGGGCCUCCCGGCUCGGGCAAGGGGACCGUGUCCGAGCGCAUCGUCAACACCUUCGGGCUCAAGCACCUAUCCAGCGGAGAGCUGCUGCGGACCAACAUCAAGAAUGAGACAGAGUUUGGUUUGCUCGCCAAGUCUUUUAUUGAUGAGGGAAAACUGGUGCCAGAUGAUGCAAUCACAAAAAUCAUACUACAUGAACUGAAGCAAAUGACCCAGUACAGCUGGCUGCUGGAUGGGUUUCCUAGGACACUCCCACAAGCAGAAGAACUGCAUAGAGUUUUCCAGCCAGACACGGUAAUUAACUUGAAUGUCCCAUUUGAGACGAUCAAAAAACGACUGACAUCUCGCUGGAUUCACCCAGGCAGUGGUAGAGUGUACAAUACUGACUUCAGCCCUCCUAAAGUAACAGGACUUGAUGAUCUCACUGGUGAACCUUUGAUUCAGCGUAAUGAUGACAAACCAGAAACUGUCACUUUGAGACUCCAGGCAUAUGAAGAACUAACGCAGCCUGUUUUGGAAUACUAUCGGAAUAAAGGCAUUUUAGAAGUCUUCUCGGGAACAGAAACCAACAAGAUUUGGCCUCAUGUGCAGGCUUUCCUCAGCAAGAAGAUACCAACAGUUUCUUAAAGAAUGCAGCUGUAAACAAAUAGCAGAGAACCUGGUGGCACCUUGACUGGUCAUCUCACCAGCUCCAGAAGGGAGAAAAUUUGAAAUGGUCUUUUGAUUGCAGUCUUAAAAAAAAAAUUGAUUGUGGAUUUUUAAAAUGAGUAUUUCUCAGAAAUACAAAUUUAGUUUUCAAAAAAGGUUUUAGAUUUUUCAUGUCUGACUGGAGUAAACCUGCAAAACUUUCUUAAUUGAGAACUGCAAAAGGCUUGUUUACAUAGCUGAUCAUUUUGUACUAUUGAUUCUAUUUUAAAUGACCAAUACUUGACACGACUAAUUAAAACGGAGUUGGAAGGGCAUGCUCUGAAUGGUUAACCAGAAACAUUUGAAUUUGGCACUUUUCCAAAUGAGAGAGGAAGAGAAGAAAUAAGUCUUUACAUGUGGUCACAUUGAUACCUGAGGGCAACAAGUCAUUCAGUUGAUUGAAAGUGAGGCAAGUUACUCUCCAGCAGUUGACCAAUUCAUUUGUGCUUUCUGAUUUCACUUCUGUGGAAGUUCUAAACUGAAAUCUGAUAUAGGACAGAAAAUCAAGUUCUUGGUCACUCAGAUUUGUCCUCAAUCAUGUCCAGUAGCAUAACUCCCUUUGUUGAGUGGAUGUACUGUACUUGUGUGACUGACCAUACCCGAUUUAGCCCAGUGGUAAGGGGAACUGAUUUUCACACUUUGUAUACAAACAAUAGAUGCAUAGGAAGGUGCAGUGGACUAAGGAAGGGGAAACUGUUAACCCUCACUUAUCUGUGAAGGAUUUCCAGUAUUUUUAAUUUUAUUUUCAAAUUCUAGUACAUGCAGUGUUUUUUCUUGAGUACAUCAAAUACAUAAGGUGCAGCAGGAACCUGUGUUCUUUUUAAAAUGGAGAAAGCAGCAUUACAAGGUGUGUUUUUGUACUUGGACAAUUAAAUCUAAAUGUACAUAACCAAGUUUUACUCUGACCAACCUUUUUAAAAUUUUAGAAUUGUAUAGAAAAUGUUUUGGAUGAAAGCAAGUCACUAAUCUUGUUCUUGGUAAAUUACACUUCAUGGGAAGAAAUAGUGAGAUCUGUAUUAUUGAAUUGUGCUAACUGCCUAACUCCAUAGCCUUGAUAGAAGCAUAAAAAAAUUGAUGUUUUGAAGGAAGGCAGCUUGUGAGUGGCCUCCUCCAGCUAAUCUACACGGGGCAUUUUAGGCAAGGUGGUAACUAAGCAACCAAUCGAGCUUGUUUCGGUGUCCUCCCAAGCUUUGAACUAUCUUCACAGUUCCAGUCUCCUAUCACAGCAGGAAAUCUGAAGGCAAUGAAAAGUACUUUACAAAACACAAUGAUUAUGGGGCCUUCUGUCUAUGAAAUGUCACAUCUUGUGCUAAGUCUGGUGAUUUUGGCUCUGAUGCUUCCUCCUGCUAUAUGCUUCUCACCUCUUCUAAGCAAGAACACACAUUUUAUAGGUUCUAUUUUUUGAGUAGCCCAGGAAUAUCCAGAAUGAGCGUAACCACAGGACCAUGUAUUCAGAGAUGCAAGUUUUAUUGUUGAAUGUAAAACAUUUCUGGACUUUUUUGACAUACAAAAGGAUGUUGUUUGUGCUUUAUGCUGCAAUAUUUUAAUUUUGGUAAGUAUUUCAAUUUUUGACCUGUUUUUUCUCUUGCAAAACAUUAAACAGUUUUCAACAUCCUCUAUUCCAUAAAGCCUGGACUCAACAAAGUCGAUCGAUUUUGCUCUUAAAUUUUAAUUGGCCCAACAUCCCCAGUUUUGAGGGAAGAGUACUCCAAAAUGUUUUCAUCCAUGUGUGAGAGAUUUACUUAAUUAGUUAAUCCAUUUAGAAUAAAAUCAAGAUAUCGCCCCUUACUCUGGGUUCUGCAACCAGAAGAAAUAAUUCUGGUGCAUUUGCCCUGUCUUUCAAAUUCUUCUAUCAUCCACAUUCUACUUGUUUUGCAGUAAUGAACAUGCUAUCUCAUUGGUUGUCUCACUGUGCAAUUUUCUAUCUUCAUUGACAAGAAUAUUUCACUUUUGCUACUAAUGAGUACUAUUCAAAUUCCAUCUUUUAUCAAGAUAGCAAGGCAAAGGCUAAAAAUUGAAAGCGGCAUAAUUCAAAGAAAAAUCAACAUUUUUAAGCAUUACUAAUGUAGAAGAAAUCUUGGUCUUCACUGGUUAGAUAUAGGAACCUUCUUCAUAUAAAUGAUUUUUAAAGAGUUAAAUAAAAUAAUUAGUCAAACUAAGCUACUACCAGAUUCCUAUGUCAUGACUAAAUGUUUAUGUACAAU